UUUAAUAACGCAAGGAGGGACAGUUAACCAAAAAAAAAAAAAAAAAAUGUUGCUGCUAAGCCAAGCUCCAAGAGGGGCUUUAUCGGCCAAAAGACGCACUCCACUCAAAUUCGUCCCCCAAAAUCCACCAUUAUUCUUGAACUCUACCAAACCCAAAUUCAUUUCCAGAAAACAAUCAACCUUCCCCCUUACUCUUGCCAAACCCGAAGGAGGUUUAGAUUCCACUUCUGCAACCAAACAAUCCCUCUCUACCAACAAUCCACCUCCCUCUCCUCCAACGCCUAACGACAUUGUUUUUGUGGGCCAAGAGGAUGUUCCUUUAGAAGGUGUCAUUCAGUUCGAGAAACCCACUUCUUCUGGGCGUCUUGAAAAAUGGGGUCGUGUGGCUUUGCUGGCUGGUGGGGACGUGUUGGCUUUGCUCUUGUUCUCUGCAAUUGGCAGGUUUGGCCAUGGUUUCUCUGUUUUUGACUUCGAGACACUACGCACUGCUGAUCCUUUUAUUGCUGGGUGGUUUUUGGGUGCUUACUUCCUUGGGGGUUAUGGUGAGGAUGGUCGUGGAAUGAAUGGUCUGUCUAAGGCUGCUAUUGCUGCUGCCAAAUCAUGGGCUACGGGGAUUCCUCUAGGAUUGAUUAUAAGAGCAGCAUCAUCAGGCCACGUUCCACCAUCUACCUUUACCUUAGUAACAAUGGGAAGCACAGGUGUUUUGCUUAUUGGAUGGAGGAUGCUAUUAUCCAGAGUUCUCUCCAAUGAUGAGAGUAAGAAGAACGAUGUAUACCGGCGUGGCAGCCCAUUUGAACUAUUUGAGUUGCUCACAUCAUUGGUACGAAGGUGGUGACAACAUGGCCAUUUCAGAUGUGAUGUGAUUUGAUGGAGGGGUUAUUCUCUCACAAGUCACAAGACAUCAUCGCUAUUCAGUUUUUGAAUUCGUUGUCAUUUUACUUACCAGCUACACCAUUGUAACAGGUAUGGAAAACAAAAUCCUGGUUAGAUGUGAAUUUAUGAUUGUUAUGAAUUGAAUUUCAAUACUGUAGCGUUCUUAAAUCUUUGUGAAAUCUGAAUAUGCUUGUUUCCUCUGUUCUUAGUCGAGGGUAUAUAGAAUGGAAUAAUGCUGUAAUUUUCUAGAUUCAUUAAUACCAAAAUCUGCUGCAGCAA